GGGGGCAACAAACUGCAGCUCGGCGAUCCCAGGGCCGUCCCGAGUGGAGAAGUAAGUUCACAGGGUCUUGGCCUCUGUUGGCCCAGAGCUGCACCCUGCUCCCAGGUCGAGGACAGCAGAAGGACAUAGGAUCAAGGACUCCACAACUCACGAAACAGGUGCACAGAGGACUCAGCUCUGUGCACGUUAGGGAGGGGCGAAGCUAGGAGGUGCGCCUGCGCAGUACUGCUUCCGGCUUGAGGGACUGCGCUUGCGCAUCGCUGCUUUUUCCGCCUUCUCCAGCUGCAGCAAAGGCUCAAGGGUGCAGACUUGUGUCCUUACCAAUGGACCUGAUUGGUUUUGGUUAUGCAGCCCUUGUGACAAUUGGAAGUGUUUUGGGAUAUAAGCGAAGAGGUGGAGUUCCAUCUCUGAUUGCUGGGCUUUCUGUUGGACUUUUGGCUGGCUAUGGAGCUUACCGUGUCUCCAAUGACAAACGGGAUAUCAAAGUGUCACUGUUUACAGCUUUCUUCCUGGCCACCAUAAUGGGUGUGAGAUUUAAGAGGUCCAAGAAAGUAAUGCCUGCUGGUUUGGUUGCAGGCUUAAGGGAAUAUUUUCAAGUUGCAUCUGGAAAGUUGGAACACAGGAAAAUGAGUCCCCCUCGCUUUCCUCUAAGGAGAGCUGUGACAGAGCCCUCAGAGCCCACAGCACAGGGACAUGACAGGGGAGUGUAUGGCAUUCCUGUCCAUCAGAGUGACUGUCCCUCUUUCUUCCUCUUCUUUUGACUCAGCCUCUUGAUGAUCCUGAGACUUGUCCUGCUGCUGCUUUAGCACCUAGAGAAGCCCAGAGCCAAACUCCCAUCAUGCUCCUGUGCCUGGCAGUGCAGCUUCCUGCAUUGAAGUGAUCAAUUUAAAUAUAGGAGAAAUGUCUUAUAUUGAAAUAAAAAUAAUGUCACCCUAAUAUUUAAAAAUAAUUGGCAAUAUAUAUUUGUUCUCUCCCAAUGCCUUUUUAUUUAACGCACAAAUUUUAGAUCUUUCUAUUUGUUAAUCCUGGUCUUUAAUGAAUUGUUACAUGCUCAUUUCCUUUGUCUCAUUUUAUAUCUGGAAAUUGAGGUUUGCUAUUUUCUGCUUUUGACAAUCCCAAACACUAUGACUAGAAUAAGUUCAAUAAGUUUGAGUCAACUGCAACCUUUCAGACAAUGGGAUUCCUGGAGUGGACCGCAGGGAGUGUUAAUGAGUUCUGUGUCACUUUGUACAUUAGGAGUUUUGUUUGUAUUGUUGGAGGUGAGGUGUGUUUUCAUAGAUGAAAUUCUGUUCUCAGCACAUCAGCGUCGUGACAGAAUGUACUCGGUGUUCAAAUAAAAUGCAUCUUAUUCUAA